GUACUGACGGGACGUAAAGUACAAAAGCGUGUGAGUAGUGGCAACCGUGGUUCGUGAAACGAGUAACUACGUAACAUUGUGUUUUGUCGUUGACGAUUGUUUGCAUUGCGGCCAUUUUUGUUAAACAUUUUUCACUGCAGACCCCUUAGCGUGGUUUCAGAUUUGCGCUUACUAAAUUUUCUACCGCAAUCGACUCAAGAUGGACUUGAGCUUAGACGAACUUAUCAAGAGCAAACGGUCAACGUCCCGCGGUGGACGUCGUGGUGGCGGAAGACAAGGCGGUUCUAGAGGCGGCGGUGUCAAACGCGGAGGCGGUGGUGGCGGAGGAUCGAAUUUCCGAUCAAAUGGUGCUGCCGGCGGUGGCGGUGGCCCUAUUCGUAGAGGCAGGGCGAUGGCCAGGCGUUCAAAUGGAUUUAGUCCUUAUUCCAAGGGUGAUGUGAAUGGAUCGUGGACUCAUGAUAUGUACGAAGGACCUAAAAGACAACAAAUGAGAGGUGGUCUAUCUACUACCAAUAUUCAUAAGAUAGUCAUAUCAAAUUUGGAUUUUGGAGUUACAUCAACAGAUAUACAGGAACUUUUUGAUGAAUUUGGGCCUUUAAAAACUGCUACAGUUCACUAUGAUAGAUCAGGAAGGUCUUUAGGAACAGCCGAUGUUGUUUUUGAUAGUAAGAAUGCUGCAUUAAAAGCAGUUCGUCAAUAUAACAACGUUCCCCUGGAUGGUCGUCCCAUGAAGAUAGAACUUGCCACGGACUUAUCUACUGUUGCUAAUCUUGCUACACGUCUGAGUAGACCAGCCCAAUUACCAGUCCGGGGUACUCGUGGUGGAGUUAGAGGUAACCGUGGUAACACUAGAGGUGGUCGUGGUAACACUCGCGGCAACAGCAGAGGACGAGGUGGGGGCAGUAGCAGAGGUGGCAGGAAUAACGAAAAAAAGAUGCCAAAUAAAGAUGAACUAGAUGCACAACUUGAUAGCUAUAUCAAAAGCAAGAAUAACUAAUUGAUGUACUUAUUUCUUUAUUUUCUAAUAUCUAUUUUUAAGUUUAAUAGUGUUUGACAAUUAAAACAGUGUUAUUAGUUAUUAACUAAAAUAACUCGUAAUAAUUUAUAUUAGGUUAAAGUAAAUUGAACCUGCAAUUAUACACUUUUACAAUUUAACUACUUUCCAAUUACUUGUAUAUUAUUCCCCUUAUAUUUUCAUGCAAAAUAUAAACUUUUUUAUUGUAA